AUGGAUUCGUCGCCCAAGCGAGUGACGCGUGCCCGGGCUGCAGCUAAGGCUACCGAGCCCGCGGUGAGGACGACUCGCAUAGUCACGGCCGCCGCCAAGGCUAGAACAGCACCGGCUUCUGCUGCCCCUGCUGCCGCUGCUCCCACGAGGUCUACAGCCGCUAAGCGCAAGGCGAGGGCCGACGACUCGGACGACGAGCAGGACGUCCCGCAAGGUACACGCAACAGGAAGACAGCCAGGACACGCCUCCGCAGCAACACUCCUGCUGAGGAGCCUCCCAAGACAACAGUACGCGGUCGGCCGGCAAAGAAGCAGGCUACCGAGGCCUCCAAGGCCCAAGCCUCUGCUGCCGUCCUGCCGACCAGGACCACUCGAGCAGUAGCAGCCAGAUCCCAGCCUGAGCCGGCUAGGAGAACAACGACGCGUUCCCGGUCUUCUGCAACCGCCGCGACCGCCUCCUCUGCCGCUGCGGCAAAGCCCCCGGUGCGCAAGACGGUAAAGUUCCAGGACACAGGCAAGGAGAAUGUUGCUCCUGGAGCUAAGAAGGAGCCUGUCGCCACCGCCACAACCACGGGAGGCAUUCGUGGACGUCCCGCACGCCGGGGUGGCAGCACUACGGCAGUCCGGAGCACAAGGAAGCCCGCCACUCAGGCCGCAAGCAAGUCGGAGGACAAAAAAGAGAAGAAGAAGCCUCUCAGCCCUAGAAAGGUGACGCAGGUUCCCAUGCAGCGUGCCAAUGAGUCUGAAGAUGAGCUGGCUGGUGACGACAACGACGAUAACGAUGACGAACCGAAGCCCUUGAUGAUGAGCCCCAUCAGGCCCCCAUUGAGCAGUGCCAAGUCGAGCAGUGCCUCCAACGAAAGCGUCCACAACGAGCAGGAUGACGACUCAACAGUAACGAUCAACAAUGCCAUCCUCAACGCGCCUGACCUAGGUGCCAUCACCUUUGGCUCGCCCCCCCGGCGCGCGCCUGCCUUACCUGCCAAAGACACCAUGAGGUCCCCGGCCCGCAAAAUCGGCGCCAUCCCCUUACCAGGCUCUGCGCUCAAGCCGGCUGUUAACAUCACUGGCGGCGCGUCAGACCAUAUCUCCUCCCCAUCAAAGAGCGCUUUCCUUCACUCUCCUGCCAAACGUCCGCCUUCCCCCAUCAAAGCCCUCGCCUUCCCCUCUCCUUCCAAGACACAGCAGACACCAUCAUCGGUAAAGAGGUCAUUCCUGCACUCACCAGCUAAACGGGCUAUGCCCGGUCUGAAGCCCCUGGUAGAAAACCUCCGGAGGGAACAUGCUGCUGAGAUCAUCGCAUCUCCGCAGAUGAAACCCCUUGCCGUAUCGACACCAGGUCAGGGAGCGGUCAAGACACCGUCUGAGAGGCUUCUUAUGGAUGGCCAGUCUGGAGACCUUCAUAAUGAUGAGGAUGACAUCGAGGAGGGAGAUGAUGACGAGCCCUUCAAGGAGCCCAUGGAGAAGAUCAAGUUUCCCGGACGUCUUUCUGCUGUGAUGCCUCGAGAGGUCGACGAUGACGUGCAUAUGGAGGAGGUUAAGCAGCCAGUGGAAGACGUUGUUACCGACAACCAAGCCUCGAUUAGGGAGGACGAAGGCGAGGCUUGUGGAGAGGCCGACGCUUCUUCCCAGUCACUGGAUCUGGUCCAGGUCGCAGAUGAGGCCGGCGAGCCUGUACACACAGAACCAGAGGUUCAAGAUGAGAUCUGCGUAGAUACCGGUGACUUGGCUUCCAGCGACGGAUCGCCGUCGGCGGAAGCUGUUGAGCAGCACCAAGACCCCCGAUACCAGCUCCGCCGGAAGGACCUCAACCCUUGCCAUGACAUGGACUCCGAGGUGGAAAGCGAGACGGCGUCACCUGCCAAGAGCCACUCGGACACGCCCACACGAUCUUUCUCUAAGAGCAACUGUCGCAGGUCGACCAUCGGCUUCACUUCCCUCACUGAGCAGUUUGGCUUGUGGUCUACAACAAGCCCUACCAAGGAGCCCAGUGUUGGCCCGCAGGCACAGUCUGUUACUACGCCGGUGGUUGAGGAGCCUUCUCAGAGUCAUUUCUUUGAUGACGAGAUGCAAUCCCGUUCGGAGCCCAGGGUCUACGACAAAACGGAGGAGGAGCCUGCCAGGGGAAUGCAUGAUGAGUCUUCGUCCACGGACGAGGUGUCCUGGAACGAUGAGGACGUUGCUUUUUCUCAGGAGGCAGAAGACAUAUCUCGUAUGACGCCACAGCAAGCUGAUAGGAGCUUCCAGCACCAGUCCCACGAUGACAGUCUCUCAGACGCCAGCCAGGAGUACGGUGACGAGAAUGAAGCACCGCCCAUGAUGGAAGAGCCUGUUCCCGUAACUCCCGAACGUCCUCAGAGGGUGCCGGCCUUCUUCCCCCACACCACGACGAAGGUGCCGCUGAAGCCAGCCGACAACUCCACCCCAAGCCCCCUCAAGAAGCAGAGCUUUAGCAUGUCCCGUGUCAGUUCGCGUCGCACAUCACUAGGUGUCCCCAACAUUGCUGCGACGGCCAACUCGCUAUCGCCGUCAAAGAGAAGAAGGCCUAGGACCCCUCGGAAGGUAUCGGCACCUCCUGCCACGCCAUCUACGCCUAUGCCCAAGACACCCAAUACGGACGACGACUCUGUUUCGACUCUCGGCACCCCCGGAUUCACGCGCCCCGACCUUGACCGCAACCUCCUCCGUGGCGCUGUUGUGUUUGUGGAGGCGCGCACGAGCGACGGCGGCGACGCCAGCGGGCUCUUUACAGAUCUCCUCAAGCAGAUGGGUGCUCGGUGCAGGAAGACGUGGAACUGGAACCCCAGGGACUCGGCUACCGGCGAUGCCGGGUCCGAUAAGAUUGGCAUCACGCACGUCGUGUACAAGGAUGGCCGACCGCAGACACUGGAAAAGGUGCGCCGCUCUCGCGGCCUCGUGCAGUGCGUCGGAGUGAGCUGGGUGCUUGACUGCGAGCGCGAAAACGAGUGGCUCGACGAGGCUCCCUACUGCGUCGACUCCAGCCUCCAUGCGCACAGCGGGCGUCGGAGGAAGAGCAUGGAGCCCAAGGUUCUGGGAAACAUGAACGGAACGCUGUAUGACAGCGGCUCCAGAAGUAGCCGCCGGGAGAGCUCGGCAUGGAUGCACACCCCCUCGGACCAGGACGCGGAGGAACAGCAGGACGACGAUGACAUUGACUGGUCCAAGUACAUCCUCACGCCUGUCCCCAAGACUCCCGCGCCCGAGGCCAUUGCCAAGUAUGCAGCUGAGCUCCCCGAGACACCUGGCAAUGAAGACGAUGACGAAGACGGCACGUGCAUGUCGCCCACGAUGGAGGCCCUAGUCACCAAGACGUGCCCGCCUCCCAAGAAGAUGCUGUCUGUCCAGGACAUGGGUGUGUCCCGCAGUCUGUUUGGCCGCGAAAGCCAGGAUGAGCAAGUUGUCAAGAGGCUACUAGCGGCUAAGCGUAAGAGUCUGCAGUUUGCGCCCAAGAUUGCCAGUCCCUUGUCCAAGACUUGGAAUUAG